CUCGCCCCGCGCUGCCCGGCUCCGAGAUGAAGGUCUGGCUCCUGCUCGGGCUGUUGGCCGUGCACCAGGCUCUGGAGGAUGCUACUGCCCAACAGCCUCCCAAGCACAAGCAACCAAAGGAGCAAGGAGAGAAUAGAAUCAAGCCUACUACCAAGAAGGUGAAACCCAAGAUCCCUAAGGUAAAGGACCGGGACUCUGCUGACUCCACACCAAAGACUCCAUCUAUCAUGAUGUUAGUGCUAGAUAAAGGCCGCUUCCAGAAACCAUCUGCUACCCUCAGUUUGAUGGCAGGACAAACAGUAGAGCUUCGAUGUAAAGGAAGUCAGAUUGAAUGGAGCUAUCCUGCCUAUCUCAACACCUUUAAGGACUCCCACCUCAGCGUGAAGCAACAUGAGCGCUACAGCCAGCUGACCCUGACCAACACCACCUCUGCUGACACAGGUGAAUUCAGCUGCUGGGGACAGCUGUGCAAUGGCUACAUUUGCAGGAAAGAUGAGGCCAAAACAGGAUCCACCUACAUCUUCUUUACAGAGAAAGGGGAACUCUUUGUGCCUUCUCCCAGUUAUUUCGAAGUUGUCUACCUGAACCCCGACAGACAGGCUGUGGUUCCUUGUCGAGUGACUGUGCUGUCAGCCAAAGUCUCACUCCACAGGGAGUUCCCUGCCAAGGAAGUCCCUACCAAUGGGACAGAUGUUAUUUAUGAUAUGAAGAGAGGCUUUGUGUAUCUGCAGCCUCGUUCUGACCACCAAGGGGUGGUCUACUGCAAGGCGGAAGCUGGGGGCAAAUCUCAGAUCUCCGUCAAGUAUCAGCUGCUGUACGUAGAAGUUCCCAGUGGCCCUCCAUCCACCACCAUCUUGGCCUCCUCAAACAAAGUGAAAGGUGGGGAUGACAUCAGUGUGGUGUGCACUGUCCUUGGUGAGCCUGACGUGGAAGUGGAGUUCAGGUGGAUCUUCCCAGGGCAGAAGGAUGAAAGGCCUGUGACAAUUCAAGACAGCUGGAGGCUGGUCCACAGAGGGCUUGGACACACCACAAGACUCUCACAGAGUGUCAUUACCAUUGAAGACUUCGAGACCAUUGAUGCAGGAUAUUACAUUUGUACUGCUCAGAAUCUCCGAGGACAAACUACAGUGGCUACCACUGUUGACUUCUGACUUGGAAAGAAAGAGAAGUAGGUGAAUGGAUGGAAAGCCCAUUGGUACACACAGUCCGCUUUGGGGGUUCUUGAUUGGUGCCUUGCCAGAGGCCAGUGUCAAUGCCCACACUGACAUGUGAUGCAGACAGACAUCCGACUAAGAGGAAGUCAGCCUAUUAAUAGCAGCGUUAACCUUUUUUUUUUUUUUAACAGAAAGCAUGCUUUCUGAUUGCUUGUCUACAAUUCAUGUGUUUCUAGCUUUUAUACAAAGAAAGCACAUGUCAACAACUUUAUAUAACCAUUUCUAUUUUCUAUUAAAUGUGCAAGUUUUUGUAAAAAAUAAAUGGGUUGUGUGUUUUUUUAAGUUCAGAAUGACUUUUUGGCAGUAGUAUUUGGGUCAAUACCUAGUACUGAUGUAAAAUGUUGAAGUGUCCACUUACCCACAAAUAGCUAGCUGGAGAUUAUCUACUGUGUAGACAUUAAUUUUCUUUAACAAAAUAGAUGCAGAUCAAGGAAUCUAAAAUUACUUUAUCAAGGCCUAUC